ACCAAAAUAAUCACAACGUUCAUGCACAGCCGAGCCAGUAAUGUUCCCCACAAGCGCUACUAUUUUAUUUAAUACGUUGUGCGUAGUUUUCCGAAAACCUAUUGAAUAAUAGUUUGGCAUUUCCGAAUGAAAAAUGAUUUUCUUCGUCUAAUCACCGCGAAAAACGCGAAUCAAUCAAUCGAAACUGUUUAUUUCGCUUUUUUAAAAAUUAUCGCGAUGGAAAAAAGUGCGUUAAAUGAGGUAUCAAUUACAAAAGUUGCCGUUAAAAAUGAAGACUUAGGCGACGAUAUAAAAGAGUUCGCGAAAACUGCGAUGAACGAAUUUUUGGGAUGGUAUGGGUACGAUAACCCCAGGGACGACUCUAAAGGUAGACGAAAGUGCAGGUCAAAUUCCGCGAGCAACGAUUCAGAAGUGGAAUCAUUGAAAUUUACCGAAGGUUGCGGUUGGUGCGGCAAAUCGGUCGACGAAGCUACCGGUUUAACAUCCGCCACCGCCAUCUUUUGCUCUGAACUUUGUUUCUCGCAAUCGAGGAGGGCGAAUUUCAAAAGAAACAAGACCUGCGACUGGUGCAAACACGUACGUCGGACCAUUUCGUAUGUCGACUUUCAGGACGGUGCUUCCCAACUUCAAUUUUGUUCCGAUAAAUGCUUGAACCAGUACAAAAUGCAUAUAUUCUGCAGGGAAACCAGGGCGCAUUUGGAACUUCACCCACAUCUCCUUGACCGCGAACAGUCGUCCACCGGAACCCUCAUCACACCGGAUCUUUGGUUUAGGAAUUGCAAGUCGCCUCCUGACAGAAUCGAUCUGCCUAUAUCACCAGGAACCUCAUCGGACUCGUACAAACAUCCGUCGACACUACCUCUGAUCUCGGUUGCGCAUCCUGCCAAAUUAAUGCCAAACGAACCAAAAAAGAACCACCAUCGCACGGCGAAAUGCAAAAAAUCGAGGAAACGUUACUCCUCGACGGUCACUUCUGCGGUUUUGACCAACGACGCGCCUCAAGAUCUCAGGGUCAGACACACGCCACCGUUGGACGUUCUCGAGGAAUCGUCAUCAAAAUCGCUUUCAGCCGAAGUAAAUUGCGAAUCGCCGCAGUUGAAAGUGUCCCUUUCUAGUUCGCCGAUCCCACCGAAAUCGGAAGAUCCGAUAAAGAGUAUUUUGGGAAACCUUUUGCCGCCGCAAACCGUAUUCGUACCUUAUCCCGUGAUACUACCGUUGCCCAUACCCAUACCGAUUCCGAUACCGAUUCCGAAAGUGGUGAAAAUCGACGACAAGAACUUGGUCGUGCUCCAAGACGGUUCUAGUCAAACUGGUGCGGAUGCUGCGAAGAAAUGUUUGCGAAAAAGAAAGCGACCGACCGAUCUUAAAAAAAGGGUUUUCGUCCGAAACAAAAAGAUUAUCGUCAACUCCAGGAAGUAGUGCGACGUUUUCAUCUCGUUUUCGUAUCGUUGUCCCUGUCUAGGAGAAACGCGAGCGUCGAUUAGCUGAUUUAUAUUUUUUGGAUAACGGAUCUGUGGUAAGGAACACGAUUAUGAAAAGCUAGGGGACAGUGCGGGGAGUUGAGUACUGUCUCGUUAUUCUUUCAUUACAUAAGAUCGCAAGCUUUGGCCAAUUUGUUAGUACUUUCCAUUCCAGUGCCAAUGACCUUUGGAAUUUGAUCACUUAAUCGAGUUGAAUGAAUAGUUGUUAUUUUGUGCCUACAUAAAAGUAAACUUCAGUUAGAUAUUCAAAUAUUCAUCAUUAUUACAUUUAGAAAAAAAUCUAUGGAAAUAUUUAAGGAAAAUUCUGUUGUCCCAGAUGGUCCAAAAAUAUCAAAGUUGUAUUUUUUUUAAUGGAACUCCCUGUAUAUUAUAUUUUUUUUGCAUCGUACGACUGAAACAAGUGUUCUAUGACUUUUAUGACAACGGGUAAUUAGGUAAUUACUAUAAAUAUAUAUUUAAAGAAUAUUUACGAAGCUUGAAAAGUAAUUUCUUAUCCAAAGUAUAUCACCUGUAGUUUGAUAUUUUUCUUACAUAAAAAUUAUAUCAAUACGGCCUUUUUCGAGUAAACAUUCAUUAGGACUAAACACUAUCAAUAAUUUCAAUGAAAAGCAGACAGAGCUGACAGACUAAACCAACAUUAUCUGACAUUUCUAAAUACCAUAGGCAACUAGAUGAAACAAAUUUUACUUAGAAAACAGCAAAAGGCACCAAAAACCUCAAAAAGUUAGCUAUGACACUUGACACUCAUUUAAAGUUGUUAUUAGAUUAGGAGUCUUUAUAAUUGGGAUAAAACAUUUAAAAAUCUGCUUAUGUAGUUGAGAAAUUCAAAUUAGUUUACAUUUUGUCAGAACUCAAAUUAUUUUGGAGAAUCCAAAAAUGCCUUCAUAAAAAAAUACAACUUAGAGAGUUUUAACACUUUUGGGACAACCUUUAUUGUAUGAAAGUAAUUUUAUAAAGGAACCAUCCAAACACAUCCCAAAAGUGAAUAACCUCGUAUAACUAAAUAUAAUAAUUUCACAUUCACGUUUUUAUUUGAAGUGAUGAGAUAUGUUUUAAGCAAUUUAGUUACGAUCUCUGUGGGAAAGAGUGAAUUCUGGGUAUUCAAACCAGGGAGUGAACAUAGUCACUUUAAUGGUUUUUGUAUGCGACCUUUCAAGACCUUAAAUAAUCUUCUCCCAAAUUCGAGAUAUUGAAAAGAGUAAGACACACCAGUUGCGGUUAAUUUAUAGCGUUUAUGUGUCAUUCUUGCACAACUUCAUUAGGAGAGGUCCUGAAAAAUGUUUUACUCUCUUGUGGGAGUUUUGGGGAGUUGAUCCGGGAUGACAUCAUUUUAGGAACAUCGACAAACUAGUUGGAACAUUUCUUCGAAUACGCGUUGAACUGAAAAACAUUUUCUUGACUUCAAAUUAACCUGUGUUUUUGAAGACAAUGACGUUUUCUCUGUAGUGUAGUUCUUGUUUUAAUUUUCUUUCCACUUAGCUAGGUUUGCGAUUGUACCGGGAAGACCGUGCUCGAUCACACUAGAUUGAAUAUCCAACAAAAAUCAAUCGCACAAAUGAUGCUCGCGUUUUUUGUAUGUUCUUAGACUCAGAUAUUUUUGUUUAUUUCGUUUUCUUUUAUUGCUCUGAGACUCAAAUCGUGUAAAAGACUGAUUGUAUCUUAUUACAGAACUUUAUUUUGCAAUGUGUAUUUAUA